CCGUAGCGAAUGUAUGGCCUUAGAGAAACUCGCUCAAGGUGACGGAGUGCGCCAUGUCGGGAGCUCUGCGUUUGUUUCCAUUCGCCGUUUUCGCUGCCGGUGAAGGCGAAGACAAGGCUGCGGACUCUUUAAGCCUGGACGAACUGUCCUUGUACACCGCUCCCCAGCACAACUUUCGGUAUGUGGAGCCUGAAGCGGGUCAGAUGGAGGAGAGCGUCGCCACCCUCCGGAAGUUAGCGGAGCCAUGCACGGCUUGGUGUCAGGGCGCCUACGGCAAAAUUGAACCCAAAGUUCAGAAAGUCGUCCAGUUUGGAAACGACACCUACAGUUAUCUGCAGAACCCUCCGAAGGACUUUUACCCUCGGGCAGGAAUCAUCGGCUUCGCCGGACUCCUCGGACUGUUUCUGGCCAGAGGCUCCAGGGUGAAGAAAGUCCUGUACCCGGCGGGCUUCGUGGCCGUCGGCGCCUCCUUGUACUACCCGGAGCAGGCAGCCGCCAUGGCCAAGUCAGCCGGAGAAUGCGUGUACGAGUCCGCGGUGAAGAGCUACGCUUCUGUGGAAAAGAUCCUGAACUCUCAAAGCAAAGACGGCAAAAAGCCCGGAAGUAAACCGUAAAUUUGUCGGUUUAACUUGUUUACACUGAGCUGUAACUAACCAGCAGCUUCCGGUCACGUCCCUGGACAAGCUUUAAAAUCUAUGCACUCAAGUUUUACUUGUACCCCGGGCUGAAACUUGAAUUCAUUUCUUCUGAUCUGAAUGUAUAUUUAUGUAGAAUAAAUGUCAGAGUUAAAACUUUUCUCGUUCUCUGC